AUGGCGAGGACGGUGAACGAGAGCGAGUGUGGAGGCGAACCACGGAUCCCGGAGCCGCAGGGACCGGGCCGAGGGGCGGCCAGAUGGGGCCCGCAGCACGCCGGGGCCCGGGAACUGGCCACCCUGUACUCGCCAGGCAAAAGAUGUCAAGAAGUGAUCAGUGUCGUCCUCUGCUUCUCUCUCAUGGCCUUCAAUUUCAUUCACCUCCUUGCCAAUUUCCAUCUGGGGCAUUUGUGGUACAUUGUGUUGGGCAUUGUGGCAGGAAUACUCACCGCAGACUUUGCAUCAGGUCUUGUUCACUGGGGGGCCGACACAUGGGGAUCAGUAGAUCUACCCAUCUUUGGAAAGGCCUUUAUACGACCAUUUAGAGAGCACCACAUUGACCCCACAGCCAUCACCCGUCACGACUUCAUUGAGACCAAUGGCGACAACUGCAUGUUGACCAUUGUCCCUCUAGCAAACAUGGCCUUCAACUUCCUCACCCUCUCCCCUGCGGACGUUUACCGUAACUACCCCUGGUACUGCUUCUUAUUUGCACUAGCCAUCUUUGUGACCCUCACCAACCAGAUCCACAAGUGGUCGCACACGUACUUCGGCCUUCCGGGUUGGGUCGUGCUGCUACAGGACCUCCACAUCAUCCUCCCCCGCAAGCACCACCGCAUCCAUCACGUCUCUCCUCACGAGACGUACUUCUGCAUCACCACCGGUUGGCUGAACUACCCACUGGAGAAGCUGAGUUUCUGGAAGAGCCUGGAGGAUCUCAUCCAGGGUGUGACGGGCGAGAAGCCCCGGUCUGACGACCUGAAAUGGGCUCAGAAAGUCAAGUAAUGCUGCAGGCUAACGGCACCCUACCUCAGAAGAUGCUGGCUCCGUCCAGGCUUCUCAUCCCCUCUUUUGCCUCACUUAAACUGUAAUCCAUAGGAAGGAAAACUAACAAACAGUUUCUGAUGCCAUAGCUUUAAGUCUUGCACAUUUUGUCUGUUAUUCAAGAGGAGGGCUUUGUUGAGUGAAUUUUUCAUUACUUACUCAUGGAGAUCAUUGUUUAAAAUUGCAAUAUAUCUUUAACUUACUGUAUAUUUAACAUCACUCAUCACUUUUCUUUCGGAGACACAAGCAGGUUUUGGUUGGACGUAUAAAUUGAAAUCGCUGUCCAGGGAGAUUGAAGCAUUUCCCUCACGUCAGAUAAUUCAAACGAUCCCAUGAAAGGAUACUUGAACGUUGAGCACUCGCCUUUUUCUCCUCCAGAGCCACAACUGUUCAUUUCGAGAGUUGAUGGAUCUUAUAUUUAGCACUUCUUUAUUUUCUCUGGAUCAGUCUUUUCAUCUCCACCUCAUUAAGGGUCAAUUUGAUUUGAAUUAUUAAACGUGGAAUUAGGCCAUAGUAAGCCGUAGAGCUGGGGGGGGGGAUACAGGAUGCUUUACCAACGUGAAAGCUAAAGAACAAAUCGGUUGAUUACUGUUACAUUUCUCGACUGUUUUAAAAGGUGAGGUGAUGAUAAGUUUAGGGUUUUUCUUCAGUAUUCACAGUUCCCUUUGUUGAUUCUAGUGACACAAUGCAGCCAGUUAAAUAGUUAAGUAGACCUGAGACAAUGACAAGCUAUAUUAGAAGAGUCAGUGACACUUAACAGCCAAACUAGACACCAGCAUGAUAGACGACAGAAAAACACCUUUUUACAAAAUAAACAAUAUAGCUGUCAGAUA